AUGCCCGAGAAUAUUGAAGAAGUUCGCAGUGUCAUUGAUGAUGAUUCUUAUAUCACAAUUGAAAAGAUGGAGAUGCAAACCAACUUGAGUCACGGAACCAUCCAACGAGUUGUUUCUGAUCAUUUGAAUCUCAGAAAAAUUACUGCUCUUUAUAUGCCAAAGUAUCUGACAGAUUCGCAACGAGCUGAACGAGUCCGGAUAUACGAAGAAAAUCUAACAAAAUUCGAAGAUGAAACAUGGUGA